AUGGCGGACAGAUUCAGGCCGAGCAAUUCGCGGAGGAAGGAGGAGGUGGAGGAAGAGGACAAGACGAUGGAUCUCACCCUCCGACUGGGAACGCCGAAGGAGACGUCGGGCACCGCCGCAGAUCAGCCACCGUCCCAACAAUUCUGGCAACCGCACGGAGGCGCGGUGGCAGUUGGCAGAGGAGUCGCCAUCUGGCCGGCGGCGAUAAUUCCGGUGGUGGCGGUGCAGUUCCCGCAGGGGUUCGUCCCCGUCUACAGGAGCCCCCGCAAGCGGCCGAAUCCCGGCGGCGAGCCGCGAGAUGAAAAUCGGGUCUGCGAGAAUUGUGGGACACGCAGAACCCCUUUAUGGAGGAAAGGUCCUAAAGAACAGGUCACUUUCGGCCAACAGUUCUGGCAACCGCACGGAGGCGCGGUGGCAGUUUCCGGUGGAGUCGCCAUCGGGCCAGCGGCGGCAAUAAUUCCGGUAGUAGCGGUGCCGUUCCCGCAGGGGUUCGUCCCCGUCUACAAGAGCCCCCGCAAGCGGCCGAAUCCCGGCGGCGACGCCGGAAAUGAGAACCGCGUCUGCGAGAACUGUGGAACCCGCAGAACCCCUCUGUGGCGGAACGGUCCGGAAGGACAGGACCUCUGCAACGCUUGCGGUCUCCGCUCGUCCCGCGCCAUCCGGAAGAAAUAA